GUUGAUUCGCGACUACAAAAUUCACGCAGGUCCUAGUGGUGUAGAAUACCCGACUGUUGGUACUGCAUACCAUUAAGAGAAAGUAAAUAGCAUGUCUUGCGGUUAUAGCUGGCGCGGUCAUUGUUACUGUAAUCAAGCAAUAGCCUUUUUUCUACUCUGUGCUCCUUUCUGAAUUAAGUUUCUGCAUGGACCACUUUUCAGUUCCCGUCUUUUUCUUUUUUAGGCGGCACGCUUGGGUUCUUUUUUUAUUUGUCUUGGAUCCUUUUUACAAAAACGAUUCACAUGCCCGAAGAAUCAAAAAAAGAUCUACUAUUAGUAGUAGUGAAGAAGAAAAAGAAAAGCUACUACGAUCGAUCAAAGCCAAUGACCAUGUUGCUCCACAAGACUUUAUUCUGAUUAGCGAAUUUUCCGAGCUCGAAGGACCACUUCCACUAGCUGUAGUUUCCGAGCAUUUUUAUUUCGAUUUAAAAGACCAAGAACGCAACACGAGACGACGAGAAGAAGCGCUUCAUGAACUGGGACUACAAGAUUUCGACUUUAAUGCGUUUGUGCUGAGAAUUGUUUCGGUCGAUCAGACAUCCGAUGAGUUUGAGCAUCCUGAUCUUGAAGCAACAGCUGGCAUGUUUUCUAUACCGGAUGACACUCAAGUAUAUACCACCGAUGCCGAGAAUCAAUUCUUUGCUUUCACCCAUCAUUUGGCAUUGUUCGACAUCAAUGCACGUGGCUAUGUUCAUCCAGUGGCACUAUCUUAUAUCACGUGCGAUCCUGAAAAGAUCGUUUGGCGAUUUGAAGAUUUCAGUGAACGGUUUAAUGAGGUAAACGAUCCAUCUACAUACUUGAUACUAUUGCCGAUGAUUUGGAGAACACAGAAGAAUAGCUUUGGUUGGUUAGAGGGACGGGAUGAAAUGGAAAGUUUUGUGGUAUUAAUAGACCAUUAAAUCUUAGGUGUCACGACUGAUGAAAAAAGGCAACUUUUCAAAUUUUGCCUUGGAUUUGAAAUGUCGCCUGAUGGAUUUGGAGUACACGCAAAAGCGAAUAUCGCAUGA